AUGCAAAUCUCGCUCGACCUCUCGCCCGCCCUCUCGGACGCCAUCGUCGAGCGCGGGUACUCGCCCGCGUACGGCGCGCGCCCGCUGCGGCGCGCCGUGCAGGCGUUGUGUGAGGAUGCCGUCGCCGAGGCAUCGCUGGACGGCUUCGCCACAGGGCCUGACCUCGCUAGUCGCGUCGCGCCUCCAGGCGAGGGCCGCGUGCUGCUGCGCAACAAGCGCGGCAAGACGCGGACCUAUGAGCCGGCCACCGCCGCUGGCGGCAUCGAGGGCGGCGACGCAGCGGAGAGCGCGGCGCUGCUCUCGGACGGCCUCCCGAAGGCCAACCCGCUCGGGCUGCCAUGA